AUGAGUUUGUCGGAUAUGUCUAAAAAACUUGAAACUCACAAAUUAGUAUAUGGCGCAGUAACGUGGUAUGGCGCGCAUAAGGAAUUAGCCAAUCGGAAAACGUACCGGAUUAGCCGUGUACAACAAAAAGAGGAAAAGGCGAAAAAUAUGAAAACUGAUCCACGAACUCUAACAAGAAAACCUAAUAUAGAGGUUAAAAAAAUCUAUCCGGAUGAAUUGCAUCACAUGACUGAAAGGCGUCUAGACCCCGAACAAGUUAGCCCUAUGGAAAUUGACAAAAUUGUUAAUGAUGAUAUUGGUGUUUUUGAUGCUUUUGAUACCCAAGAAAGCUUCGCAAGGAUGGACCAAGUUCUUGGUGUUAUCGCUGUGGUUGGACAAGCUUCGAGACAUUUUGACCCAUUAGUAACUAAUAUUAUAGAAUUAACUAAAAGUACCCUCGAUAUAUAUGAAAAUGUGCAAUUUAAUAAGAAAAUUUGUGAUUGUUUAAUUGAUCGGGUUGAAUCUGUUGAGAUGGCUAUUAAGUCAUUAAAACGGCAUAAAGAAGAAAACGCCAGGUAUUUCUUUAUUCAAACCACCUAUAAUACAUUUCACCAACUUAUCGUUGUUCUCGAAAAGAUGCAGCAAUAUAUAACGGAUGUAUCACAACUUCAUGGAUUGCGAAAGUUUACGAAUAUAAUGGAUAUAAAAAAACAAUUUGAAAAAUUAACUGUAGAGUUUGAUAUGAUAGUUAGCGCUUUACAACUUAAAAUGGCUUUUUCUGAAAAAGAACAAUCAAUAAGAGAUAAAGUUGCGAUAGAAGAUGACAUUAAUACAACGACGAAGUUUUUGAACAAUGUAAAAAGUGGAAUAACUGAGAUGACUCGGGAUAUUGCACAAGAUGAUACCACACCUUUAAAACCACAAAUUAGUGAUAUUUUUGAUGAAAUAAUAAUAAAAAAAAAUUUUGUCACUGAGACCAAUAAGACAACUAAAUUCAAAGCGAAAAUUAUACCAUCUGACAAAAUAAUAAAUCCUGAUGCACCAAGUAGAGGAAAUGUUCACAGGAUGCUAUAUGAGGAUAAAGUUGUUGCAUGUAAAUACUUUGAUAACGAUCAAAAUGCAAGGUUUCACAACGAAUUAUCGAUGCUUUAUAAUCUGAAUCAUUCUGAAAAUAUUCUCAGAUUUUACGGACUUUCUGAAUUAGAUGAGGGUCAAAGUCAAGUCUUGGUUUUUGAUUGGGCUGGCAAAGGUGAUUUACAGACCUUAUAUGAAAGUUAUGAUCUUGAUUGGCCUGUCAGACUACAGAUUGCUGUUGGUAUUUGUCGCGGAUUGCUAUUCUUACACGGAUGUCAAAUACUUCAUCGAGAACUUCGAUGUCAAAAUGUUGUGAUAACUGAAGAUUUUCAACCAAAACUUGUAAAUUUCAAUUUCGGUCGACCAGCAAAGUAUAGUAGAUAUUUUGUUGAAAAUAUAACAGCUGUUGUGCAUUGGCUGGCUCCAGAAAAGUUGCGUUUAGGGAAUAAAGUGAAAUUUUCACAUAAGUGUGAUAUCUUCAGCUUUGGUAUGCUUUUAUGGGAGAUUGCUUUUGAGAGAAUUCCAUACAAAGAUUGGAGUUACACGAGCAUCAUUGAUCAUGUGAAAGCUGGCAAGAGAGAAAGCAUGGAUAUAGGCUCUAAUCCAAUUCAACGAGAUUUCACAAAAAUAAUUAGAGCAGCAUGGCAAGAUGAUCCUACUCUUCGUCCAGGAUUACAUGAAUUAUUUAUUCAAUUGGACAAACUACAUAAAGAUAAUCCUGUCGAAUUGGCUCAACCAAUGAAGAAAAAUCAUAUCGAAAUGGAAAGCACAGAUGCCCAGUCUGAAAUAAUUGUGGUUGAGGAAAACAAUGUGCAGGACAAAGAUUUAGAACUUAAAUUUUUGGGUAUUGUUCGUUCUAUUUUGUUACUCGAAGAAGGCAUUAAAUCACAUAAAUCUGGAGAAAAAAAAGUAGCAUGGGAGUGUUUUCAAGCACAUGCAGAUUUGGGAAACAACUACGCAAAAUAUUGGCAAGCACAUUACUUGACAGAAGGAUAUUAUGUGGAUAAAGAUACAAAAAAAGGGACAAAAUAUUUUAAAGAAGCCGCGGAUGCUGAUGUAGCGGAUUCACAACUUCGUUAUGCGUUCUCACUUUAUCAUGAUCAAAUCAUUCAAGACACUGAUGCGUUUUUACACUAUUUAACAUUAGCGGCAGAAAACGGAAAUGCUACGGCACAAUUUAAUUUGGGUAGAAUGUAUUAUGCUGGUAUGGUUGGAUUAAAUAAAGACAAAGAGAAAGGAUUACAGUAUCUAAAAAUGGCAGCUUUGAAAAAUCAACCAAGAGCUAUUCAAUUUUUGACUA